AUGAGUUUUUAUUGGUCUGCUUUAACGCUUGUUACUUUAGGUGAACAGCCUUGGCCAGCAAAUAGCGUCCAAACAGCAUUUGAAAUAAUUGAUACAUUAAUUGGGCUACUUUUAUUUGCAGCAAUUAUUGGGGAUAUUGGGAUUAUGGUAAGUAAUGCCCAUUUAGAAAAAGUUAAAUUUCAAGAAAUAACUGAUGGAUGUAAAAGAUAUAUGAGGAUUAGAAAUGUUAAUACACAAUUAUAUAAUAGAGUAAUUAAUUGGAUUGAAUAUCAGUGGAUUUGGGGAAGAAGAUUAAAUGAAGACGAAAAGGUGUUUUUUAAUAUUUGGGUGUUGGAAGGUAUUGGGAUUCCGACAGAUAUUGGUCGGGAUUGGAAAUUCCCGAAUCCCGAUAACGAAUUUAGACUGAGAUCCCAAUACCUGCCAACUUUAAUUUUACAAAAAUAUUUAAAGAAUUUAUUUCAAAUUUUGCCUCCACGUCUUGGAUUAGAAUUAGCAGCAGGGGCAUUAAUUGGUUCGCCUGUAUUUUCUUUAUGUGAGAGAGCUUUAUUAAGUGAAUUAGCUAUAAGAUUACAAACACUGCGUUUAUGCCCAGGAGAUAUUGUUUGUAGAAAAGGGGAAACGACAAAAGUUGGUUUAAUUUUACUAAAUUUGGAAAUAAAAUAUAAAUAUAAAAUUCUAUUUAAAUUAUAA